CAGGUUGAGGGGCUCCAGGGUAAAGGUUUGAUAUGGAGGAAAGUGGCUUUUCCUCCUUUGUUUGUAAGGUCCAUUUUGGGAGCUGGAGCCUGGAGAUUUCGAAGCGAUUUGGGAGGGAUGAAAUCUCCAAUCCUGGGACCAGGUUUUGGGAAUGGCCAGGAGACUGCACAGGUGUGUGCAGGCCUCUUCAUAAGAGUCAGGACCAGGGUUCUGGGCUCCACCCCCGGCAGAUAGGAGUCAGGAGGUCACUGCCUGGAAGUCAGAGUUCCCCUUUAGGAAAGGUAUGGUCAGACCAGAUUGGACCCCUGUAAGUGAGAGCUGAUUUCGAAGCGAUUUGGGAGGGAUGAAAUCUCCAAUCCUGGGACCAGGUUUUGGGAAUGGCCAGGAAACUG